AUGGAAUCCUCAGCAGAUUACACACUGGUCGGAGAACCAAGCGAAGAGCUCGAUUCCCGCUGGUCAAAGCUCAUGCAGUACUUCUUCACCGAAGUGCCAUACGCCUACAUGGACAAGCUAGGACGGUUAGACGAAGGCCUGCAACUACCAAAUGGCAACUAUGUCGCAAACUAUGCGUUUAUGCACCAACUGCACUGCCUGAAGAGAAUCUACACGGGAUACUUUCCCGAGCGGUAUUUCCCCAACAUGACCGAGCAUGAGAAGAAGAUGCAGCUAGAGCAUAACUUGCAUUGCCUUGAAAUGGUCAUCGAGGGCGUAAUGUGCAAAGCCGACGAAACACCCCUCACACUGCGCUGGCUGGACAACACCCCGCUUCCUACAGGAAACCGCAGUAUCGCGCAUGAGUGCGUGAACUGGGAUCGCUUGACCGAGGGGCUGGAGAAGUACAAGGUGGACCCGUUCGUGCCGAAUGUGUUUGUUCAUCCCAAGUUCGGACCCGUCGUUCCGCAAGGCAAGAAUACGGCAAUAGAGAAUAGGAUUGGAUUCACGCAUAACCCAAAGGCGCUGGAUUAUGACAAGUUUCCCACGCAUGCUACGCAUGAACAGGGUAGAUAA